ACCUACACAACUGUUUUAGUUCUCUGCAGCACCUUUUUCCCUCCAACACCUCUCAUCUUUCGCUCACCAUGCUCUUCAAGUGUGCUACUCUCGUCGCCAUAGCUGUAGCUGUCUUCGGAAUAGCCUUCGCAAUUCCCGUUCCCCAGGAUGCUGCUGCCUCGUCCGCCCCCGCUGGACAAGAUCCUCCCCCUCCUCCCGUAUCCACCUUCACCAUGACGAGAAUCGUGAACACUCUGUUGACGGAGUCGCCCUUCUUGACCGUCGUCAAUACUACCUUUGUGCGGACCGUCACCAAGAGUGACGAGACCACGACUGCCGUUGCAAGCGCAAGCGUUACUGACGGUGUCAGCGCAAGUGCUACCGCCACAGACAGCGUCAGCGCGACGGCUACCGACAGUGUCACAGACAGUGCAAGUGCCUCCGACACUGCCACCAGCGAUGUGGCGGCCACUACUACUGCCUGAGGGCAAUGUGGAUAUCGACUUAGAGGAUGAAUAACCAUACGAAAGGACUAUUAACAAUUACUCUCCUUUAUUCCUCCCUUCUCUUCGUUUGUUCACUUGAUCGUAAUACACGGCGUACUUUAUGGUAGAACAGACAAUUGACACCUUUUUCCGGC